GAAAUGAUCCGUCAUGUUUACAGCCUGCAGCAUCGCAAAAAGCAUUUGAUCGGACCCAGAUUUUAGAGGAAACCCAGAUUUCUAAGUCUCAUGUCACAACAUUAAGUCAAGAGUAUUGCCACUGGCGGUUUUUAGAAAAUGAACUGAAGGAUGCUGUGCAAGAAAAGAAUCGCCUGAGCCUUCAGUAUGCAAGUGUGUCCCACAAAGCACUGCAAUAUGACCAGGUGAAAUCAGACUAUGAACAUCUUAGAGAAACCCUUAUCAGAGUGACUAAAGAACGAGAUUUGGCUGUAAAGGAAAAACACCAGCUCCAAGCCAAGCUGGAGAACUUAGAGCAGGUCCUAAAGCAUAUGCGAGAGGCUGCUGAACGGCGGCAACAGCUGGAGUUGGAGCAUGAGCAAGCCUUGGCUGUUCUUAACGCAAAACAGCAGGAAAUUGAGCUCCUGCAGAAGGCUCAGGUUGAAGCUAAGAAGGAACAUGAAGGAGCAGUUCAGUUGCUAGAGGCCAAGGUCCGAGAGCUAGAGGAGAAAUGCCGGACACAGAGCGAACAAUUUAACCUCUUGUCCAAAGAACUGGAGAAGUUUCGGCAGCAAGCUGGGAAGAUUGACCUCUUGAGCAGUAACUCGGUGGCAUCCGCAGAUAUCCCUGGUUCUCCUAGUAAAUCUCUGUCCCAGUUAAUGAAUGGAAUAGCCACUUCUAUAGGCAAAGGUCAUGAAAGUCCUUCUGGAAGUCGUUGUGUGAUUUCAGAGUUUAUACGGCCCCUGCAGAUAUCUGGAGACAAACCAGAACAAUUGUCUGUCAAACCUACAUUCCUGUCCAAGGCAAGAUCUGGUAGCCCAAGAUGCAGAUUUGAUUCAGACAUGGAUAAUGAUCGGAAUUCCAAUACCUCAAAGCAGAGAUAUUCUGGGAAAGUCCAUCUUUGCAUUGCCCGUUACAGUUACAACCCCUUUGAUGGACCAAAUGAAAAUCCAGAAGCAGAGCUCCCCCUUACGGCAGGAAAAUACCUUUAUGUGUAUGGAGAUAUGGACGAAGAUGGCUUUUAUGAAGGGGAACUUCUAGAUGGACAAAGAGGACUAGUCCCUUCAAAUUUUGUGGAUUUUGUUCAAGACGAUGAGACCCGUUUAUCAAGCAGUCUAAGCAGUGAACAAGAUCAGAAUUUCAUCAAUCAUUCGGGUUCUACUUUGGAAGGAGAUCUCCUUGAGAUAAGUCCACCAAGCCACAUGGACUCUAGUGUAAUCAGCAAUGGCGCAGGGACUCUGGAUGUGAAUAUAGAUGAAAUUGGAGAAGACAUUGUGCCUUAUCCUAGAAAAAUCACCCUUAUUAAACAAUUAGCCAAAAGUGUCAUUGUGGGCUGGGAGCCACCAGUAGUGCCACCUGGAUGGGGAUCCAUUAGCAGCUACAAUGUUCUCGUUGACAAAGAAGUACGAAUGAACAUAGCCUUGGGAAGCAGAACUAAAGCUCUUAUAGAGAAGCUUAACAUUUCUGCCUGUACAUACCGAAUAUCAAUUCAGAGCAUUACAAACAAGGGUAACUCAGAUGAACUGCAGUGCACUUUGUUAGUUGGGAAGGAUGUCAUUGUAGCCCCCUCUAAUCUUAAAGUGGAGAACAUAACCCAGAUUUCUGCUGAGCUGUCUUGGCUCCCUACAAAUAGUAAUUACAGUCAUGUGAUUUUUCUUAACGAAGAAGAAUUUGACAUUGUCAAGGCUGCUAGCUACAAGUACCGUUUUUUUAAUUUGAAGCCCAAUAUGGCCUACAAGGUGAAGGUUAUGGCAAAGCCCCAUCAGAUGCCCUGGCAGCUUCCCCUGGAACAACGAGAGAAAAAGGAAGCUUUUGUGGAAUUUUCUACGUUGCCAGCAGGUCCUCCAGCUCCACCUCAAGAGGUUACUGUCUGGGCUGGGUCCACCCCGGCAACUGUGCAGGUGUCCUGGAAACCACCAACUCUGACAGCAACAGGGACCUCCCAUGGUGCCAAUGUCACCGGCUAUGGUGUUUAUGCGAAAGGUCAACGGGUGGCGGAGGUGAUCUUUCCUACAGCAGAGAGCACAUUGGUGGAGCUAAUGAGAAUAAGGAGCUUGGAAGCAAAGGAAGUUACCGUUCGCACACUCUCUGCACAAGGGGAAUCUGUGGACUCUUCUGUUGCUGCCAUUCCAUCUGACCUACUGGUGCCUCCAACCCCUCACCCUAGAACUGCUCCCAAAUCUAAGCCAUUAGCAAGUGCCGGAGUCCCAGAAACCAAAGAUGAACAUUUAGGUCCCCAUUUAAAAAUGGAUGAGUCAUGGGAGCAGACUCGUUCGGCAUCCCCUGUUCAUGGACACACACUCGAGCCACCUGCCCCUAACUUUCAUGGCCCGCUUCAGGGGAGGAGGUCUCCAUCACCUAACCGAAUACUCCCUCAGCCUCAAGGCACGCCUGUCCCAAAUACUGUUGCAAAAGCCAUGGCAAGAGAAGCUGCACAGCGAGUUGCAGAGAGCAACAGGAUGGAGAGAAGAAGUGUGUUUAGCGAAAGGAGUAAUGCAGCCCAGUACGUUAACUCAGAUGAUGAGGAAGAUGGCUAUGAUUCUCCUAAUAUCAAAAGGAGGGGGGCUUCGGUUGAUGAUUUUCUCAAAGGGUCAGAACUUGGAAAGCAACCUCACUAUUGCCAUGGUGAAGAGUACCAUACAGAGAGCAGCAGAGGUUCUGACUUGUCUGAUAUUAUGGAAGAAGAUGAGGAAGAGCUGUACUCUGAGAUGCAGCUGGAGGAUGGAGGAAGAAGAAGAGUCAGUGUGACUUCUCACAAUGCACUCAAGGAGUGCGAUAAGAAUAAGACCACUGAAGCCACUUUUUUGGAACAGCCUGACUUUUCACAGCAAGUACAUCACAGUAAAAAGCUUUUCAGUAUUCCAGAAGUAGCUGAAGAAGAUGGUGAAUACUCUGAACUGCUGUACAAGCAGGGUUUAGGUAUUCCCUAUAAAAAGAGUCCCACAAUAGCUAGAAACGCUAGAGCACCUCGGCCCUACAAUCAAGACCAGCAGUACAACUUCUGGUAUCCAGCCAAGCACAGAAUUUCAGGCGUGGAGGAUUUGGCUUCGGACGACAAAGGAUGUAAAUAUAGCCGAUCCUUAUCAAGAAGCCCAGACAGUGGACUAGACUGCGGAAGUGAAGAAGAAGAAUCUCGUUUUAAUUUCAGAUACACUUGUGAUUCAGUUUCUGCCAAUGUUGCAUCUAGCUGUUGUGCAGAGACUGCUAACUGUUCCUGCAGGAGAAGCAUGAGGCCGUUGCUUGCUCGCAGGAAAACCUUAACCAGACAAACCAGCAUCGAAGAAGAUUUUGGUGACUUGGGUCCUUCCUUUAUAGAGCCCAAGAGCGAACAGGUCAAGCCCAGUUACGAGAAAAAGUACGAGACUCAGAAGUGUAUUAGAACAGAUAAUUUGUCUAAUGAAGAUGUUCAGGGAGGCUGGAAGACCGACUUAAAAAUGGCUGACUCUAGGGCAGCUGGUCCACUUGCAAAGUCAUCCCACAGAGAUGCAGAAGACUCUCUGCUUUUAGGUAAUCCAUCAUCUGCAGGACGGCCUGAAAGGGCGGAGCAUGCAGGGCGAAGGUCCUCUCAUGGCAGUGCAGUGCCACAAAGGUCUCGACCAAUGUUGGUCCCUUCCAUUGAAAUUACAAUGGACAGUAACAGUGAAGGCGGUCGGUCUCGGUCAGGUAGUGAGGGAAAUAUUUCACCUGUAAAAGAAGAAGCUUAUUAUCGCAGCAUUGGUGGACACAAGAAAUGGCCUCAGCAGCGUACCAUGGCCUCUGAAUAUAGAUACGAUGGCUAUGGUGGUCAUGACCAUCUCUCUCCAGAUAUUUAUGAAGAAUCAGAAACAGAUCCUGGCACAGAGGAUAUUUCUACUCGAAUAUUUGUUGCUCUCUUCGACUACGAUCCAUUGACAAUGUCCCCAAACCCUGAUGCUGCAGAAGAAGAGCUGCCAUUCAAAGAAGGACAGAUCAUUAAGGUUUAUGGGGACAAAGAUGCUGAUGGAUUCUAUCGAGGUGAAACUUGUACAAGAAUUGGCCUUAUCCCAUGUAAUAUGGUCUCUGAGAUCCAAGCAGAUGAUGAGGAGAUGAUGGAUCAGCUUCUAAAACAAGGUUUUCUUCCUUUGAACACCCCAGUUGAGAAAAUAGUCAACUGUGACCGUUUCAAAGAGAGCACACGCUCUGUACACCGCAGAUCCAGAAAGUCUAAAAGAGAAAGGAACAGACGGAGCGGCAGACAACAUUCAGUUUCUACAAGAAGGAUGGUGGCACUAUAUGAUUACGAUCCAAGAGAAAGUUCUCCUAAUGUUGACGUAGAGGCUGAGCUUACAUUCUGCACAGGGGACAUUAUUACUGUCUUUGGUGAAAUUGAUGAAGACGGAUUUUACUAUGGUGAACUUAAUGGACAAAAGGGGCUGGUUCCUUCCAACUUUCUUGAAGAAGUGCCUGAUGAUGUUGAAGUCUAUCUAUCUGAUGCUCCCUCCCGAUACGGUCAAGAUACGCCGAUGCGUACAAAAGCAAAAAGGGUUCCUCCUGAGAAUACAGGUACAUCAAGGAGAGCACCAUCCCCCACAGUUCAUCUCCAUUCUGGGUCACCUACGUCAUCUAUGGGUUCUGGUAGUCCCGGGAGAGGCAGGGAUAUGUCCUCGAAAAAGAAAAAGGGGCUGCUUUCCAAAGGCAAGAAACUACUGAAAAAGCUUGGUGCAGUGAAAUGAUUCAUGUACUCCUGGACAACUUGUAAAGCUUCCAAUCUGUGUAUUAUUAUUGUUUUUUUUAAAACAUCAAAACUAGGGCUUUCAUGACUAUGCAGUACAACAACUUACUGAACAUUCACCUUUUUUUUUUUUUUUAAAACCUCUGGCAUCACUAGAAUCAUGUGAAUUGCAUAAUCAAACUAGCAAGAAAAAAAAGGAAGUGGAUGUGUUGCUGCUAAAACUGAUUGUCACAAACACAAUUUUUUCCCCCCUUCUUUAAAAAAGAAAGAAAGAAAGAAAGAAAGAAAGUUGGGGGAGGGGAGGGGCGGAAAUGAGACCAGAAGGCAAACGUGGUUUUAUCUGAAGUCAUCUCCACACCUGUAACUUCAUUGGAUAGGUCUCAGCAUUUAGUUUUCUUUAACCAUGAGCGAGGGAAAGAAAAGCCUCUUCGCUGAUCGUGGUUCAAAGAGAUCACCCUACCCUACCUAAUCUUUAUCCUAAACAACAAUGGUCUUGAAACUCCUAGUUUAAUCAGCCUUGAUGUUUUGCCUUAUUAAUGCACAAUGAUUUGUACUGUCUAAUAAAUAAACAGCGUAUACUUUAUAUGUACUGUGUAUUUAACUGUCUUCAUCUUCCCUAAAACAUGGUAAUUUAAGAUCAAGUACUAUGUUGCUGACUCCAUUACAAUGUCUAAUGUAAAUCCUGGGAGUAUGAGAGUGUUGUGCAAAAUGCUUUUUCUUAUUUUUUUCCCCAACAAAACAAACAAAAAAAAUAGAAAAACAAAACACCCUUGUAUGGCGUUCUUUUGUCAGCAUAUUCACUAAACCAAAGCCAGAUACAGUGUAAGUUAUUCAGAAAAUACACCCAGUUUCAAUUAUACGAACUCCAGUUUUCAAGCUGCUGGUUUAAACCUUUUAAAGUUACCAGAAAAAAAGUUUUGCUCCCCAUUUUUUUGCUGUGGAGGUGCAGUCCUAAGUUAAAAGGCAUUUUCAUAUUGCUGAUGUCAGAUUCAAGCUGAAGCGCAUGUCUACACUCAAAUGAAAACUUGUUAUAUACACAAGCCGCAGUCAGUAAAAAGGCUGCAACAGCUGAUAAUCAAAUUAGCUGCAAUAUUGGCAUCUCAAAUGAUUUAAAAAUAAAAAAAAAGUACACAGUGGUGGCAGUCAUUGGCUGUGACUAUUUUGUAAUUCUUGUCCAUUUGUAAAUUGUUUUUACUGUUUAUACAUACUUUUCAGACGGCCUUUCUUUUUUGUAAUUUAUGGAAGGUUUAUAAAUGAAUGAUCAAAGCUUCCCCAUUGUGUCUUCAGAUAAAAAUGUAAAUUACUGUAAGAUACUGUGUGCUAGACUAUAACAUUUCAUUUAAAAAAAAA